AUGGAGGAUGGAUCUCAGAUCUGUGAUGCGAGUGGCACGACAACAAUAGGAGGAGAUCAAAGAGGCCCCAGCAGCAGUAGCUUCGUCUGUGAUGAUUGGAACAAUGGCUGCUCAACUACCUGUGCUCCACAAUGUUCUGUGCUUGAGAAUACCAAUGGAGUACUUGUUGGUCAUCACUUAGCUGGGCCUUCACUCACUUUUGAGCAACAGCAGCAGCUGCCACCGUCAAUCUGCCACAUCUCAUCAUCAUACUCAUCUUAUAACCCAUCGACAUUGUCGUGCCAGCCGGCCAUGGUUCUGCAAUCCAUGAGCAACGAUCAUCAUCCAUCGCUGCUCCUUGAUGGCUUCCCUACUUUCUGCCCUGCCUUGCCCCUAAUAUCGCCGCCACCACCACCGGAGAAUGGCACUGACUGUCAUGAUGCCAUCCAGCUAUCACAGAUGCUGGCCGCGGAUGAGCAAGGAGCGGUGGCUCAUCAUCAGCAAGAUCCGAGCACCGUUAGUAAGAAGAGAGAGGAACGGGACAGGGCCAAGCAAAGGUACAACGAGAAGAAGAAGAACAGGAAGUUCUGCAAGCAGAUCAUGUACGCGUCCCGAAAAGCAAGGGCGGACACACGAAAGCGAGUCAAGGGCAGAUUCGCCAAGGCUACCAAUGAACACCAACACAUACUACACCCAGAUGCAGCAUAA